UCUUUUUCUGUUUCCAGCGUGCAUAUAAAUAUAGACACGAUUGAGUUGCAGUUACAGAAGCUCUAACUCUCAGAAAAACCGCUACAGUGUGUUGCUCUUCUUAUUCUCUCAGCAAUGGCCGAUCUCAGUGAAUUCAAGAUCGUAAAGGAAGGAGAAGCUGAGAUUCUCAUGCACAAACAGAAUGAAGUUUUCUAUAACAAAGCCCAGGUUAAUAACAGGGAUAUGUCAAUUGCUGUUUUGAGAACUUUUAUAUCCAAACGUAAGGAAGAACAUGAAGCAAAUUCGCCCAAGAAAGCUAAAAGAGCUCCAAAAGUAUCUGAAAGUGAUGCUUCUGAACCUGCCAAGGAGGAUGUCCCUCAUGCAUCUCCACCUGAAGAUUGUAGAGAUAAUGGCGAAUGUGAAGAUGGGAAUCGAAUGGCUCUUGAUGAACCAUGCAACACAGCAGAGGAGCAAGUCAAGAGCUCUGAAGAAUGCAACGGGGCAGGGGAGUCAAUGAGUAAUGCAGAUGGAAAAGUUCAGAGGGAACUGAAGCCACCAAGAGUUCUGGAGGCAUUGUCUGCUUCUGGAUUAAGGGCCCUCAGGUAUGCUCGUGAAGUGGAAGGAAUUGGUCAGGUGGUUGCUCUGGACAAUGAUCAAGCUUCUGUUGACGCUUGCAGAAGGAACAUCAAAUUCAAUGGUUCAGUAGCGUGUUCAAAAGUUGAGUCUCAUCUCGCUGAUGCUCGUGUAUAUAUGCUAACCCACCCCAAAGAGUUCGACGUGGUUGAUCUUGAUCCUUAUGGUUCACCUUCCGUGUUCCUGGAUUCAGCAGUUCAAUCUGUUGCUGAUGGAGGUAUGCUGAUGUGUACGGCAACAGAUAUGGCAGUGCUCUGUGGGGGAAAUGGGGAGGUCUGCUAUUCGAAAUAUGGUUCGUAUCCGCUGAGAGGAAAAUAUUGCCAUGAAAUGGCUUUGAGAAUCCUUCUCGCUUCCAUUGAGAGUCAUGCUAAUCGUUACAAGAGAUACAUUGUUCCUGUGCUAUCUGUACAGAUUGACUUCUAUGUUCGCGUUUUUGUUCGCAUAUAUACUUCUGCAAGUGCAAUGAAAAACACUCCCCUGAAGCUUUCAUAUGUUUAUCAGUGCACUGGCUGUGAUUCUUUCCACCUACAGCCCAUUGGGAGGACCAUUGCCAAGAAUAAUAGUGUCAGAUAUCUGCCUGGCUAUGGUCCUGUUGUUCCUCAAGAAUGCACUUACUGUGGGAAGAAAUUCAAUAUGGGUGGACCUAUAUGGUCUGCUCCAAUCCAUGACCAAGAAUGGGUGACUUCUAUGCUUGCGGACGUGAAAUCAAUGAAGAGCAGUUAUCCUGCUUAUGAUCGUAUAUCUGCACUGCUUACUACAAUAUCGGAGGAGUUGCCUGAUGUACCCUUGUUUCUAAGUCUGCACAAUCUCUGUGCUACACUUAAAUGCACUUCUCCAUCUGCAGUUAUUUUCCGAUCUGCCGUGAUCAAUGCUGGCUACCGCAUAUCCGGAACACAUGUUAAUCCACUGGGACUCAAAUCAGAUGCACCCAUGGAUGUUAUUUGGGAUAUCAUGCGCUGUUGGGUAAAAAAUCAUCCUGUAAAAGCUCAACCAGCAGAUCAAGCAGGAACUGUCAUACUUGCAAAGGAACCUGUUCUUCAGGCUAAUUUUGCUAGAGCAGUGGCAUCUCUUAGCAAGGCACAAGCUAAGAAGGUUGCACGCUUUCUUCCGAAUCCCGAAAAGCAUUGGGGUCCUAAAGUUAGGGCAGGUCGUCAAAUUACUAGUAAGCAUGUUUCUCUGUUGGGGGAAGCUGCAAUUAAUGGAGUUCUCAACCAGGAAGACAAUGAAGAAUCUAAAACUAAGAAGCAGAAGGUAGAAGGAAAUAACAUCACAACCUAGCUCAAAAAUGGGGUCCUUUAUUGGGCUUCAUCGUUGUUUACUAAUGGAAGCUCAUUUGUUGUCACCAAAUUUUGUAGAAUUUAUAGGCAAAGUGAGAGUACAUUAGAGAGGUCUAGAGAGUGGUGUUUUUUAUUUUAUUUAUUUUUUCUUUUUCUUUCUUUUUCUGUUUGUUUCACUCUGCAUGACUGCAUGAUAUUGAAUUAAGUAUUGAAAAUGGGAAAUUGUAUUGUAAGGUAAUGUUUCUUGAGUUUAAUUUUGAUGCACUGACAAUGUAAAACAUUUUACACAGUCAUACAAUUACAUUCGUUCUUUUGGAUAACUAUUCACA